CGAGAGAAGCUCCUCUCCGCCUCUCCAUCAUCACACUGCGAGCAGGGAGAGGCAACAAAAUGUCAACUCUGCCAGCUCUCCCUCCGCCGCAGACAUGAGCCGAGCCCCGUGGGCCUUUCCUUUCCCCCCCGCAACAGGUCGCUCUCACCAUGCGGCUCCACUGCAAGAUAGUGGUGCUCGCCCUGUCUUUUGGACUUUUAUUACUUCUCUACUUCUGGGGAGGCAACGGCGCGGGGGAGAAAGAAGAGGACAGUGACUACUCUCCGCCGUCGGUUAAGGUCGAUUUAAAGUUGCCGAGGAAACCUCCCACGGUGUCUGCGGUGCGUGUGGAGCAGACGCCAAAGAGACAGAAAAGCUCCAAAGUAAUUAACAGAGGAACCAACGUCAAAGCAAAGAGUAAAUUGCCGGGUCGUCCAGGACGAGCUGUGUCCAAGCGCAACCGGGCAGAGGAAGUAAUGCACUUGGCGGUGGUGGCAUGUGGAAAUCGUCUGGAGGAGACUUUAACGCUCGUCAAAUCGGCUGUCCUGUUUAGCCUCAAAAAGAUCAAGUUUCACAUUUUUGCUGACGACCUCUUGACCCCGCAGUUCAAGGAAAAGCUGAGCCAGUGGCCUCGCUUUGUCACAUCCAAGUUCCAGUACAAGCUCUACCCCAUCACCUUCUCAGUCGGGAACCCUGACGAAUGGAAGAAGCUCUUCAAGCCGUGUGCCGCUCAGAGACUUUUCCUCCCUGUCAUCCUGAAGGACGUAGACUCACUGCUGUACGUGGACACUGACAUGCUGUUCCUCCGACCUAUGGAUGAUAUCUGGAGUCUGUUCAAGGCCUUCAACAGCACCCAACUCGCCGCGAUGGCUCCGGAGCACGAGGUCCCCAAGAUUGGCUGGUACAGCCGCUUUGCACGCCAUCCUUUCUACGGGGUGUCGGGGGUCAACUCGGGCGUCAUGCUGAUGAAUCUGACAAGGAUCCGCAGCACAUUGUUCAAGAACAGCCUGAUUGCCGGCGGCCUGUCCUGGGCGGACCUCAUACACCCACUGUAUCAGAAGUACAAGAACCACAUCACAUGGGGAGAUCAGGACCUCCUCAACAUUAUCUUCCACUACAACCCAGAGUGUCUAUUCAUCUUUCCUUGCCAGUGGAACUACAGGCCUGAUCACUGUAUGUAUGGGAGUAACUGUAAAGGAGCCGAGGAGGAAGGGGUUUCCAUCCUCCAUGGCAACCGUGGAGUGUAUCAUGAUGACAAGCAGCCGGCCUUCAAAGUAGUUUAUGAUGCAAUACGUGACUUCCCUUUUGAGGACAACAUGUUCCAGUCGCUGUUCUAUCCCAUGCAGACCAACUUCUUGGACACGGUCAACACCCUGUGUGGUCGGAUUCCCCAAGUUUUCCUGAAGCAGAUAGAAAAAACUAUGAAGAAGGUGUUUGAGGAGAGCGUGGUCCGACAUAUGAGGCCGCACAACUGAUUGUCGGAGCAACGGACUUCCUGCUUAUUGUGACCAAGGACCACUGUGCAGAGGACUCUGUAUCAUGUCAGCUAUUUGAAAAGAACGGUCUUUUCCGCACCAGGACACUGUUGUGGAAUUCGGUAUUAUUGCGUUAUGAAGGUAUUUUUAUUUUUUUCUCAUUCUUUAAACAUAAUCACUUUUCUUCGCCACCAGAGAGCUAAACCGCACACUCAAAAAUGUGAGGUUUGGACCUUGGGAGGCUUUUACUGCAAUAUAGUGAACCAAAGAGCAUAAUGUGAAUGACAACUUGAAAUUGGAAGCCUGUGGUUAGCUGGGAUGUUGCUGGCUUACAGUAUUGAGUACAGUACAAAGCAGAAGCAAGAUUUUUAUGUUACAAAAUGCACCUUGGAGAGACAUGAUGUCCACAUUACAGCACACCAAAGCAAAAGUGCAAACGUUGAGGAUGUGCCACAUAAAUAUUGUUUACUAUUUCACGAUAAUGAACACUAAAUUGGCCCUAGUGUGUGAAUGUGAGUGUGAAUGUUGUCUGUCUAUCUGUGUUGGCCCUGCGAUGAGGUGGCGACUUGUCCAGGGUGUACCCCGCCUUCCGCCCGAAUGCAGCUGAGAUAGGCUCCAGCAGCCCCCGCCACCCCAAAAGGGACAAGGUAGAAAAAUGGAUGGAUGGAUGGAACUCUUCAAACAUUUGCCUUUGAAGGUUUGUAUUCUCGUGUCUUUUAUGUGUAUGUUUAAAGGACAUGCAUAUGUGUUGUGAAGUUGGUCCGUACACUAUAUUCAAAAACUUUUAACUGGAAACUGACAAUGGUUGCAGUCAAAAUGCGUGUCCGAAUAAAACAAUGCAAUUGAAUGAGCCACUCUUGUGUGAUUUAUGAGGAUACAAAUCAACAAAAGCAGUACAAUUAGUAUUUUACUUACAAAACCCAAAACCAGUGAAGUUGGCACGUUGUGUAAAUGGUAAAUAAAAACAGAAUACAAUGAUUUGCAACCUAUAUUCAAUUGAAUAGACUGCAAAGACAAUAUACUUAACGUUCGAACUGUUAAACUUUGUUAUUAAAUAAAACAUUUUUGACACUAUAUAUAAAAAUGUGUCCUGUCCAGCUACUCAGGCAAAUCAUAUAGUUGAUGUCGAUGCCCAUAUCUGCUGUCCAGGUGUAUGUUAGACAAGAGAAGUGUAGGAUACUUCUCUUGUUGCCUUAUUAAAUGUUUGGGUAGAAUUGUACUAAACAAAACCAAUUUUAAAGUAAUAUAGACAUUUAUCACAGCUGUUUAUCUAUUUUAAUCAUAGAACUGGCACCCAAAGUUAUUAAAAAGUAUGGAUUUUGAAUCGAGAAUCGUUUUGAAUCGAUUCUGAAUCGAAUCGUUACCCCCCAAGAAUCAAAUCCAAUCCAAAUUGUGCGGUGCCCUAAGAUUCACAGCCCUAGUAAAUGCAUGAUACCAUAUUGUGUGUAUUGUAUGCAUGUUCAAAAUAAACUCAUACCAUAACCAUGCCUAGAGUGAGUAAGACAGGCAGCGACAAACACCUGCCAGCUCACCUAAUUUGCUCCUCACCUUAUGACAUUUCUCUGUAGUUAAUUGCCCGAUUAGCAAGAAUAAUGA